GGAGUGUUGAUGAUGGAGAGCAAAGCGGCUGGCCUCAACUCAAACAGUGGUCUUCUUCUGUGACGAGAUAUGAAAAGUUCCCCGUGAAGUUCAAAUGACUAGGAUAUCCCGACGGUGAGCUGACCAUCGGACUUUCUCCCUUGCGCGCCUUCGUCCCCAGCCUGGAUGAUGGAGUUGGAGAGCCGCUGGCGGCGCCUGUUCAGGCUGCUCGUCCUGCUCUACUUCUUGACUCUCCGCAGCUCGGCCAUCGAGACCGUGAAUGUGGUGGACUUCUGUGGCCAGAUGAUCCGGGGUGACGGCAUGAUCGUCAACUCGCACCAGGAAUCCAAGAAGUACUACUUUGUGACCAUGGGGACCGACUGCCACCUCACCAUGCAGGCCAGCUCUCCUAAAGACAAAGUCCAGUUCCACUUCCGAUUCUUCCUGGUCUACAGUUUGCUGCGAGUAGCCCCUCUGAGCCCAGCGCCUCUCUUCCCAGAGUCCCCUCGUGACCCUGCCUCCCUCAACCCGAGACUGGAGCCCACCUCUGGUGAAAGCCCGGCGGACCCGUGUCACGCCGGCUCUUACGUUCAGUUCUAUGAUGGACGGGACAGGAGCUCCCCUCCCCUCGGGCCUCCUCUUUGUGGGAAGAGCCCGCCCCGGCCAGUGCUGUCCACAGGAAACUACCUUACCCUGAGGCUGGUGACCCGGGGGACUCAGCCCAGAGUUGACUUUGUAGGGGACUUCACCUCCUUCAGACUGGGUUUCAACCAAUCAGACUGCACCACUGAGCCCUACUUCACCUGCAGGAAUGGGAAGUGUAUCCCUGUCAGUCUGGUGUGUGAUGAUAAAGGCAUUGACAACUGUGGGGAUGGAAGUGACCUGGAGGAAAACCUGACCACCGGCUGCAAAGCAGGUCAGCUUUUACCUCCUGAACCUCCACCACCAAUGGCAACCCCACCCCCACCUUUUGUCAAUCCACCCACAGUGCCACUUCCUACACAUAUGAACUGUGGCAUGCCAGACAGUGCUCCCAGCCAUGAGUCAGCAACAGACUCUCCUGCCUCCCUGUCCCUGUUGGUUCUCUACAUCAUCUUGGCUGUGGUGGCGGUUGGCGUGGUGCUGUGCUGGUGCUGCUGGUCACCUGGUUGGUUCCUGUGGCGUGUCAGCAUCUGUCGCUUCUUACCCUGCUGCAACUACGCCUGCGCCUCCUGCCAGCUCUGCACCCACAGCUGCAUCCACAGCAAGGAGCACCGACUGUCAAAAGUCACGCCACACACACCUGUCAAUGGCACCCCGACUGGCACAGCAGCCACCAAUAACAGUGCUGAUGAAAAUGUUAGCACGGCGGCUGUUUAGAGCAGAAGGACUGUCUGGUUGAUCAGUUUUGACACACAAAGACAUGGAUACACUGAUGCUGAGCUGUAAUCAGUGGUAAACAUGAACAGUUAUUGCAAUUGGCAGUUUAAAAUAACCAAGAAUCUUUUUAGUUCAGGUUGAACUGGAAUGAGCAGAGCUAAAGGGUAUUGGUUAAAAUGUGGUUUGUGUCUUUUAAAUGUGAUGAUGCAGCUGAUAACGCUGGUGUGUUUAUGUUGUCAUAAGAAGGUAAAGCAGGGUACUGUAUGACUAUGGAUUGUAUGAACGUAUGAAUGUAUCUGAAAGGACAGGACUGAGGGUUCUUGAAAUCACUUGAGAAACAUUGUUGUUCACAGCAUGCUUUAACUGUUUUGAAGUUUUCUCUUACAUGUAUGUAUUAAUGAUGGAAGCACAUUCUGUUAAAGAGACCUUUUAUGAAGUUUGAGAAGUGCACCCUUUAAAACAUGGCCAGAAAAGAUGAUGGAGUGUAAAGUUGUUAGUGUGAACAUUUUCUAGUCAUAUAUUUGUUUGUUUCUUAUAAACGUGCUUUUCUGCUCUAUCCUAGAAGUAACAAUUUAGUUGCACCCUGAAACUACACUUCCAGUCCACAGCUUCGACCAACAGUCCGUCAUGGACACAUGAGAAGGAAACAGCCCCAGAAUUACAAAGUCAGCCACCUGGUGAUAACAUCUGUUCUCCCCAGGAGAAAUUCCUUCAAACUUUCAACUCUCCCCCCAGCACUGCACUGUUGUUCCACAUACUGUAUAAGGCAAUGUGAAGUUUGGACAAUGGAGCAAAAAAGUCAUCCGGUAUCUAGCAGUUGAAACUUUUUGGUAAAUAAGUAUGAGCUUCUGACAUUGCUAUUGUGUGCACAAAAUAAACAUGUAUAAGCUAUAACAGAAAUUCAUGCAAAUUAAUCAACUUCAAUCCAUAAAUGAUUGUCAGGUCAAAUGUAUAGAUAAAACUUUAGAAGGGGA